AUGGCAACCGAUUCUGAAAGCCUGUUGAGCUCAAAAGUGCUGGCUUUGUCGCAGUCAGUUGAUGAGCCUGCAUGUGCCGCAGGUCCGCCUGAGGCAUUAUCCGAAGCACCCUCAUCUAGCGAUGUGCCAUCUUUGGACAAGCUUGCAAAGCUGGAAUCAAAUUCGGAAGGUUCCUCACCCAGGGACAGUCCACAACCUUUGCUGCUUCAAAAGGACGGGCUUGCGGGUUCCUCUCUUCCUGAUGACGUGCAAGUGUUUCAGGGCGACUGGGAUGAUGAAGGCGUUCACUUCUACCAGGCUUACAAUGAUGUGAUUGCAGAUUGGGCAGUUGAGCACCAGCAGUUCGGUGGCCCGAACUUCAAUCCCACCCGCAUGACCUGGAUUAAGCCAUCCUUCGCUUGGGUCCUGUAUCGGUCUGGCUACGCUCGCAAGCACAAUCAGACUCGAAUUCUGAAAGUCAAGCUUUCGCAUGCUUCUGUAGCAGAGCUCCUGAGCGCCUGUCAGUGUCGCACUGGAGGUGGUGGUUCCAAGGGCCGUGUACAGUGGGACCCGGAGCGAGAUCUCAUGUCAGGGGAUGGUAAAGCCCCCAGACAGAUGCUGCGUCGCCGGGCUAUCCAGAUCGGCUUGAAAGGUUCCCUAUCCGAGCUGUACGUUCGCAGCGUAAUUGCCAUCGAAGACAUGACGGACAUCGCCCACCGCGUCCAGGCAGCGCACAUGGCAGCUGAUACAAAGUUGGCAAUGUCCCAGCUCUUGCCAGAACUGCCGGUCGAGCGACCGUACAUGCCAUGUUGCCCUGAGCCAGUCCUUGCCAGACUGCGGAUGAUGUCAGGAGGUGGUCCACUCCACAAGAGCAAGCGCAAGGGCAAGAAACAUUGA